AUGGUACUCACUGCGAAGAGCAACACCAACAUCGACGACGGCCAUAGCGCUGUCUGCGACUCAAACGGACCAAGCAACGAACCCAGCACCCUGGCAGCGACACUCGAAUGUCGCAAAAGUCGACCAAAACAUAUCAGGCCGUAUAACAAAGAGGGCAAUAUGGCCCAAUAA